AUGCCAUUUCAGUACAACCGCACAUUUGGCCAGAAUCCUUUCAGAAACAAUGCCACGGUGGAGGCAUGGGAGGCAAUCCUGCCGCUCGGCCAGGGCUCGGUACAAUUCCCGCCCAAGAGCUCCCAGGUUCACACCUUGUCAGUGGCCCACCAGCUCCAUUGUCUUUGGUCGAUCCAUCAAGCCUUCUACAUCAUGGAAGAGGCUAGAGACGCAAGUCCUGGUCCUCAGGCAGGAGUACCCGAUGGCGAAGGCCCAGACAUCUUCUCCCACGUGCGGCACUGCUUCGAUUAUCUACGGCAAAGCCUUAUAUGCGCUGGAGACACAACCCUGGAGCCAGUGGACCCGAAGCUGGGUGGGGUUACGGGAUGGGGAAAUCUCCGAGUCUGUCGAGAUUUCGAUGAGAUCAAGGCUUGGGCUGAGGGGCAUCGCAUGAGCAACUAUCGGGGUUUCCUCAAAACGGCCGGGUCGCAUCAUCAUGCAGCAAUGAAUGGCGGUGGGAAGGUUGGAAGUGGGUGA